GUAGGUUCUCCUGCCAAUCCCCCACCCCACCCUCCCGCUCGCCGAGCACCUGCCGGGUGCCGCGGCACGGGAGACAGCGCAGUGCACGCCCGGCAGACUGCUGGAGGAGGAGGAGGAGAAGCUGAAGCAGCUGAUGCGGCUGAAGGAGGAGCAGGAGCGCUACAUCGAGCGCGCGCAGCAGGAGAAGGAAGAGCUGCAGCAGGAGAUGGCGCAGCAGAGCCGCUCCCUGCAGCAGGCCCAGCAGCAGCUGGAGGAGGUGCGGCACAACCGGCAGAGGGCCGACGAGGACGUGGAGGCUGCCCAGCGGAAGUUGCGCCAGGCCAGCACCAAUGUGAAACACUGGAACGUCCAGAUGAACCGACUCAUGCAUCCGAUUGAGCCUGGGGAUAAGCGUCCCACCACCAGCAGCUCCUUCACAGGCUUCCAGCCCCCUCUGCUUGCCCGCCGUGACUCCUCCCUAAAGCGCCUGACCCGCUGGGGGUCCCAGGGCAGCAGGACCUCCUCGCCCACCGGCAGUGAGCAGCAGAAGUCCCUCAAUGGAGGGGAUGAGGCUCCAGUCCUGGCUUCCACCCCUCAGGAAGAUAAACUGGAUCCAGCACCAGAAAAUUAGCCUCUCCUAGCCCCUUGUUCCUCCCAAUGUUGUGUCCACCAGGACCUAGCCACAGCUGGCCUGUGGGUGACACCAGCCCUGCUAGGAGAGGGCGCUGAGGUCCUGCUGCCAGGGGCCCGGGCCCUCCAAACAUAACACAGUCCAGGAUGGAACCUCAUUCAUCUUUCACACCAGCCCCAAGCCCCAGACUGUGGAGGCUGGCUGGGAUGUUGAUCCUCGAGAACUUGGCCCCUUGCUUUAGCCCAAAGGACCUGAUGACUUGGGCUGGGAAAGAGAGUAAGCAAACAAGCCAGGGGCCUCCUGCCUCCAGGCUGCCACCAGAUUGUGGAGGCACAUUUCCAAAUAAAAACUGCUGUUGGAAUGAA